AUGUCUCAUCUACCCACUACCAAUGGGUUGCAAAAUGGUUCUGACUCUCUCCAAACGCCUGCUAACCGCGUUGCUAAUGGCGAGACCCCUCCGAACUGGAUUCCUUGUACCGACCAACCUGCUCUUGUGCUACGGAGACUAAGAAUAAUCUGCAUCGGCGGAGGCUGCUCGGGUCUGACACUUGCUCACAAGAUUUACCAUGAGUUGAAACUCGGCGAUUUUGUUGAAUUCAAAAUCUACGAAAAGAAUCCUCAGGUCGGCGGAACGUGGUUUGAAAACACAUAUCCUGGUGUCGCUUGUGACAUUCCGGCCCAUGCAUACACGUUUCCAUUCGAGCCCAAUCCAAACUGGUCCCAUUUCUAUGUACCUGGUCAAGAGAUCCAUGAAUACGUUCUACGAGCAACAAGGAAAUGGAAUCUGGACAAAGACAUUCAGUUUAAUACCCGAGCUAUCGAGACCGUCUGGGAUGAUGAGUUGGGAAAAUGGAAAGUGGUGUUGGAUCACGCUGGUACAAUCAUACAUGACGAAGCUGAUAUUCUGGUCAAUGCGUCCGGGGUUUUGAACCAAACCAACUGGCCUGACAUCGAGGGCCUAUCCAGUUUCAAGGGCAAGUUGUUUCACACUUCGACCUGGGAUAACACCUAUGACUGGUCAAACAAACGUGUUGCAGUAAUUGGCAAUGGUUCCUCCGGAAUUCAAUGCGUAGCUGCAAUGCAGCCGAAGGUCGCCCAGCUUGUCAACUUUGUGCGAAACCCGACCUGGCUUUCUGCCAACUUUUGUGCAAACAAGACAAGAGAUGGGAAUAAUUUCGCCUACACAGAAGAGGAGCGAACAGGGUGGGCGGAAAAUACCGAGGCUCAUUUCAGUGUCAAUGGGUUCUUUUAUGGAAUGUAUAAAGAUCACCCGAUGCAAGUGGAGUUGGAAAAGGUUUCCCGCCAACAGAUGGCGGAACAAAUGAAAGGAUACUCCGACCCAGAACUUGUGUCAAGAAUGCUUUCUCUCGAGUUCAGUCCUGGCUGUCGUCGCUUGACACCAGGAAAUGGGUAUUUGCAGGCUUUUGCCAACGAUAAUGCAACUAUCACUUUCGAUCCUAUUGAGUGUAUCACAGAACUGGGUAUCAAAACGGUCACAGGUGAUGAGCAACAAUUUGACUUGAUAGUCUGUGCCACAGGGUUUAAUUCGAACUUCAUUCCGCCUUGGAAGAUGCUGGGUCGCCAUGGAGCUACAUUGGAAGAGCGAUGGAAAGUCACCCCCGAGGCUUUCUUUGGGGUCCAAGUGGAUACAAUGCCGAACUAUUUUACCUUCAACGGACCCAAUUGUCCUGUUUCCCAUGGCUCGUUUCUUCGAGAAGUCUCUUGGACAUCCGAUUACAUUCUUCGCUGGGCCAAGAAGAUUGCUGCAGAGGAUAUCAAAUCAAUUGACGUUAGAAGGGAAGCCAUGGAUGACUACAAUGUUUACUGUCAGGAGUUCCUCAAGCGCAUGGUCUGGGCGGAUAAGUGCACACUGCUGCACUUCAAAGAUUGUCUUGAAAGUAUUGGAGGGGAGCACUUCAAUAUUGAGUAUCGCUCUAAGAACCGAUUCCGAUUCCUAGGUAACGGUGAAAGUGAUCCCCUUGGUGUCGACCCUGUGAUUGCCGACCCUCUUGAUCCCGAGCAGUCCGCCUGCACCGAGCAGGUUCAGGAAUUGGAGGGCCAAGUUGAAACUUGCAACGCCUCCUUGGAAGGGAGCAACAGGAGAGUUGAGAUCCUCGAGAGUGGUGCCGCAGUGUGCAACUCGCUGGAUGGUACAACUGUUCAGCGUGGAGGCCACAGCUACAAGCUUCACUGCAGCAAGAAGACACACUUCUCUCAAUACAAGCAGUUCACCACCAAGACCUUCGAUGAGUGCCUUGAGGCUUGCUCUGCUGAUGCAGGAUGCAAGUACCCUAUCUUCAUCAUGAAUGCUAAGGCCAACUGUAAGUUCUCUGGUGUCAAGCCUGCCGUUAUUCAGACUACCUCUGCCUUCCAGAUCCUGGCCGUCCCUACUCCGGCCAAAUAG